AUGCUUCAACAUGUUGUACUAAAUUUUCCAGAGGACCAUCCUUUUCUUGGAAUGGGUAUUGCAUCAUAUGAUUUGUUGAAAGGCAUUGAAAAGAUAUUCGAAUGGGACUUUUUACCCUCAAAAGGAACAGUUCCUCAAUCUAGUCUAUAUAAAAUUGUGUUAGGAAAUGUUCACAGACAAAACGAUACUGCUUUGAACAAAAUAAUUCCAAUAUCGUUGGAAAUACAUCAAUUUAACUGUUAUUUAAUAUGUGCAAUUUUUGGAAUCAAAAUUAACGAAAAAACAAUAUUCUAUAUUUACGGAUUAUUCUUACAACAUGAUAAGAUUCAUAAUAAUCUUGAUAUUUUACGCCCUUUGUUGAAAAAAGCAACAGAUGGAGCUAUGAAAAUAAAAAUAACGCUUCAGGCCAAGCAACCUAUUCACGAAGCAACACAUUACAUACAAAAACUUGCUAAUGAGAUCAAAACAUUGAUGAAAUCAGGAAUUACAACAAAUUUUCCUAUUCCAAGGAUUUUACCUCAAGAUUCGCUAUUUUAUGCCACAGCACUAUUUUCCCAUCUUACUUCCCAGAUGGUUACAAUCAUAGAAGCAAGUUCGUUCGAAGAAGCUGAACCUUUAUUUAGUUUUCUUUCAAAAUUUUUAUUAAAAUCCCAAGCAUCACUCAGUUCGACCUUACUUUUAGACGAACCGCAACCAGAGCUAUUUUUACAGAUCGUAAAAGAAAGAGAAACAAUUUCAAUGAUAAAAAUGCUGAAUUUCGAAAGAUCGUGGACUUGGAUAAGACUAAAAACAAAGAGUGUCUAUAUAAGUCCUGAUAUUACAUCUCAAAAGAGAUAUUAUGACAUAUUUAAAGAUUUUGAUCCAAAUGAUAACUCAGAAAACGGAAAACGCAUGAAGAAAUACCUCGAAACUUAUACUACACGUCAAAUUACUCGUUGUCAUUGGACAACUACCAUUGUAUCAAAAAUUAUUUCAUCAUCUCCACAAGUUUCGAAUUUAAUUUGCGAAAGAACAGUAGAUUUACUCGUAACCAAGGGAAUUGUACUUCUUGAAUACAUAAAAAGCUUAGGAGAGGUUGCUUUUCUCCAAAAUUCGCAGUUAGAGAUUGCAAAGCAGCUGCUUGAAGUGACCGAAGAAGAUAUGUUUUACGCAAUUGUUUCUGUUGCAGAUUUAUUUGAUAAUUCCGUUCAUCGGAAAAUAUUUGCUGGAAAGAAGGCAAUGCUGAUGUCAAUGAUGGCAUCAAUUUAA